UCCUGUGUUAGCUUAUAGAGUUGGGAAGCUGUAGUCCGCGAAGCUCCAGCGCGCACUCGCUUCUGCGCAUAAUUAUACUGGCGUUAACAGAAACUGAGCGAGCGCAGGGUACGACAACGAGUUACCCACAGAGACUCAACGAGGGGAGAGAGGGACACAGACACCGAAGUGUGCGCAAGAGAGCACGGAGAAAGAGCCCAAAAAGUGUGUGAGUCUGGGCGAGCGCACUCACUAGUUAGAUAACUAGUCAGCGACAGGGAAAGAGUGUGGACGAAAAGGCCACAGAGCGACAACAACUGGAAGGAAAAGUGUCUCCGGUCGGAUUAAACAUCGGCGAAAUAUCAGUGCAGUAUGGCCUCGGAAGAGCUCUACGAGGUUGAGAAGAUUGUGGACAAGCGGAAAAAUAAGAAGGGCAAGAUGGAGUACCUGGUCCGCUGGAGGGGCUACGGGUUCGAGGGGGACACCUGGGAGCCGGAGACGCACCUGUCCAACUGCAUGGAGUUCAUCCACGAGUUCAACCGUCUGCAGAGCGAGCGGCAGCGGGACGGCUCCCUGCUCCGCUCCACGCGCAGCUCGCCCAGCUCGGGCCCCAGCAACGCCCGCAAACAGAUCUCCAGACCGCAGCUCGGGGGCCACGCGCUGGCCAAGAGCGCCGGCCCCGCCGCCGCCGCCCCCCCUCCCGCCGCCGCCGCGGUCCCCACGGUCGCCAAGCGACAGCACCAAGACCCGCCGCUCGGCGCCGGCGACUCGGACGCUAAGGCGGACGCCCCGCCGUUUCUCUCCGCCCCAAAGUACCGGCGCACCGGCAACCCCAGCAACCCCAGCGGCGUGGCGGCGGCCGUGCCGGGGGCCCACGCCGUCGGGCCCGGCCGGCGGACCAUGGACCUGGCCCGGUCCGGCAUCAAGAUCCUGGUGCCCAAGAGCCCCAUGAACAGCCGGGCGGACUCGGAGGAGUCCCCCAGCGAGGCGGCCCACAGCCUGGAGCAGACGGGCCAGGAGCCCGACGCCGUGCCCCCCGAGGUGGCCCUUCUGGAGAAGCCCCCGGCCGCCCUGCUGGGGCCCGGGGAGGAGAGGGCCCGCAUGGGCACCCGCCCGCGCUCCCAGACCAUCCUGCCCCCUCCGCCCGUCCCCAUCACGCCUGCGGCCGUGCGCACACUCAACGGGAAAGGGACGUCCACGUUCAUGGCAGCCCUGGCGGCCAACGGGACGGCCAGCCUGCAGAGCGCGGUGACGGGCGUGGUGGGCAAGCGGCGCCUGGAGGAGCGCUCCUCGGCCUUCGACAAGCGGCUGCGCUUCAGCGUGCGCCAGACGGAGAGCGCCUACCGCUACCGCGACAUCGUGGUCAAGAAGCAGGACGGCUUCACCCACAUCCUGCUCUCCACCAAGACCUCCGAGAACAACUCGCUCAACCCCGACGUGAUGAAGGAAGUGCAGAGCGCCAUGACCACGGCAGCAGCGGACGACAGCAAGCUGGUCCUUUUGAGCGCGGUGGGCAGCGUGUUCUGCUUUGGCCUGGACUUCAUCUACUUCAUCCGCCGGCUGACCGAUGACAGGAAGAAGGAGAGCACCAAGAUGGCCGAAUCCAUCAGAGUUUUCGUCUUAGGACGUGUUGGUGAUAACAGCCUUCUCCAGUUCAGAACCCUCAUCGUCGAACGCCAGCUGGUGGGGUACCGGCCAGCGUGGCGCUGGGCCGAGCCUGGCUUCCAGACGCCCUACGCCACCUUCGGCCAGACGCCUGACGCCUGCUCCUCCCUCACCUUCCCCCGCAUCAUGGGCGUGGCUUCUGCCAAUGAGAUGCUGCUGAGCGGGCGCAAGCUGACGGCCCAGGAGGCCUGCUCCAAGGGCCUGGUGUCCCAGGUCUUCUGGCCCGGGACCUUCACACAGGAGGUCAUGGUGCGCAUUAGGGAGCUAGUCUCUUGUAAUUCAGUUGUGCUGCGGGAGUCCAAGGCAUUGGUCCGCAACACCAACAGGGCGGCGCUAGAGCAGGCCAACGAGCGGGAGUGCGAGGCCCUGAAGAGGGUGUGGGGUUCCCCACAAGGCCUGGACUCCAUACUCAAGUACCUGCACAAGAAGAUCGAUGAGUUCUGACCAGGCAGCUCCCGUCUGUGGGGUUCCAGCCUCCGUCCUCAGAGCAGAGGGUGACAGACAACACACACACACACACACACACACACACACACGCAUUUAAAAACACCAAAGGAAAACAUGUACGUGCUUGUCCGUGGUCACGUGCGCACACAUGCACGUGCACACACACACACCCACGUGCACACGCACACACACAGACAGUUGGAACGUGCGUGUGGCUCUGUCAGUGUGAGUGUUUUUGUGGCAUGGAGAGCCUUCUUCAGGGUUGUGUGGGCCAAGUGGAGCAGAGGAUUCAUUCUAAACCGAAUGGAAAAAGCAACAAUUGACUCUUUCCCCACCUCCCCAUUAUGCACUGUUUGACACCCAAAAGGGCCAGCGAGCAAAACGACACUGGGGCCACUUUUUGGUGGGUUGAUGCUUAUGGGGGACAGUGUUUGCCGUGACACAGCCGCCACUGAACCACGCUUCAGUGAGUUGACGUUGGCGGGGGUCAGGCUUCGUCAGUGGGAGAAGGGGAGGAGAAAGAAAGUGUCUUAUCCAAUAGCUUGGAUUGGUGUUUACUUCUGUAUCGGUAUGAACAAGCCUUAUUAUUAUUGUAUGUGCACCUUGAAAAUAUUCAUACUGAGCAGCUGCCACAUGAACAGAGGCAUCAUAUUUGCGGCACUGAGAUAUGAUGCUAUGGAUCGUCAUCGUGGCAAUAGAAGAUUGCUUUAAUAUUUUGCUUCAGCCCUUCAGCAGAGUUGACCGCUUUCAAGACAACAACAUUUUGUUGAUCCUUAUUUUCCAGAAGACCAGCACCACAUGACAAACGCAGGUCAACGCAUGCCUGGCAGUAUUAGACUUCCAACAGACAGGUUCAGCAUAAGUUAUACAUAGCAUUAGCUUUUAAAUGGUGUGUGUGUGUUUUUUAUAUAUUUUUCUUUUAUCUAUGGUGUGGUGCAGAAUGGCUGGGCAAAAUGCAUUUAAGAGAGUGAACUGUUAGUGAGUGUGUGUGUGUGUGUGUGCGUGUGUGCAUGUUUCUUUUCGCUUUUUGGUUGAAGACUUUACACCAAAUAUCUUAUCUUUAAUGUACAUAUCAUUGUCUAGAUCUGCAUAGAAAUGUUUUUUAUUUAAUAAGUUAAAGAAAAAUGACUGUCACACUAUUCCUUCCAAGAAGAACAAGUGAGAAAAUGCCUUCCUGUCGCUCUAGUUUUGCUGCAGUUCCUUUAGCUUCUGUGCGGUUCCUUUCCCAUGAUGCCGUGGGUGCGUGCGUGUCCGCUCCGGUCCUCACGCCGGCUGGAGGCCCGGGUCUUAUUCGCCCGGAACAGGAUCAAAUCCCCGCUGUCUUUCAAAGAAAUGGGUCUGUCGGUUAAGGAGAACCCUUCAGAAAGGACGCUGUGCUUGUGACGGAUGUGCUGCGAUUACCCGAGCAGCAGACAGUCUGGGGAACCCUGGCUGGGCUUCUGCUAACGAAGGUCCCACUAAACUCCAAACAAACCUGAACGCGUCACCUUUUCAGAGAAACGACUUUGAACUUGAACCCUCCGCAUCAUCCCGGUUAUUGUUUAAUGGAAGUGUACCUUGCUCAGCAAGCUUGACGUGCGCUCUUCAGUACUGAAAGAUUUCCAUCUCUGAGUCGGUACAUUUUUUUAAAAUGAAUUGACGUAAAUGUGUUUUAAAUGAGCGGUUUAUUUAUGUGGUUAUUUAUGCUUGGCGAGAGAGGGGAUGGAGCGGAAUUUAUCAGAUUAUUCCACUUAUGAUUGAGUUGUCUACAGGAAGUGGUAACAGACAGCCAUGCGCUCAGCUUCUGGUUGAAUGAAACCAGAAACGUUCCACUGUUUAACAAUCUGAGUAGGUAAAUUUCAAAGAAUUGUCCCAGAAAUUAUCUAAAGAUCAUUUUUUCAAAAAUAGAUAAACUACUGUAUUGACUGUUCUUUUUGACAUAAACUAUAUUGUAUCAUUUAGAAUGUGCUCAUGAUUAUAUGAAGUAUUUAAAUAUUUAAAGCAUCUUUUCUCAAAGGAAUCUUUAAAAAGUUUUAUUUGAAAAGUGAAGCUUGUUCAUCCAUCUCCCCGGGUUUAAGCCUUGUCCAUUUUGUGGAAGUUCUCAGUAGCGCAAAAUUACACCUUGGAGUACAAGGUGGAGACUCACAGUUGAUGAGAGAACCUCCGCUGGGUUCCCCGGUUUCCCUUCCCAAACGAAGCUGGGCUACCCACGCUCCAUCGUCUUGUUUUCAGUUGCACGAGUAUCUCUGAGAAGAGCAACGAUCAGCUUAGCGCAGAUGAUCUGCUUAGUGCUGAAGAACAGUUUAGUGCAGAAGAACAGCUUAGCGCAGAUGAGCUGCUUAGUGCUGAAGAACAGUUUAGUGCAGAAGAACAGCUUAGCGCAGAUGAGCUGCUUAGUGCUGAAGAACAGUUUAGUGCAGAAGAACAGCUUAGCGCAGGUGAGCUGCUUAGUGCUGAAGAACAGUUUAGCGCAGACGAACAGCUUAGCGCAGAUGAGCUGCUUAGUGCUGAAGAACAGUUUAGUGCAGAAGAACAGCUUAGCGCAGGUGAGCUGCUUAGUGCUGAAGAACUGUUUAGCGCAGAUGAUCAGCUUAGUGCAUAUGAACAGCUUUGCUCAGAAGACCAGCUUACAAUAGAACAGCUUGAUGCAGAACAGCAGCUUGGCGUAGAAGAACAGCUUAGUAGCUAAGCAAAUUAGGCGAAGGAAGAGGGAUCAAAAAAUUGGAAAAAAGAAAAGGUUAGCUUUGCUCAAAAUAAGACUCAGAGAACCCAGAAAACGGUUAGAAGAGCUUUCCCCUCAUGUUCCUUUGUGGCCCUUCUCUGGGUAUACCUCUUCAGAAGCAGUGAAUUCAUUUUAAAGGCUUUAAUUGAGUUGCAGCUGACCCUGCCAGGUGGGGAAGGGCAAUGAGAGGUCAGCUGCAGAGUGGAAAUGGAGUCUCAGUGGUCAGAACCAGCUGUCUUCAUAUCUGACCUUGGGAAGUGGCCAUCUUUCAGAAGUGUCACCAAUCUUCCAUCGUUCCUCCGAGCUGUUUUCUAAAGCAGAACGGCUGUCAUAUCCCAGCCACUGGCGAGAUGAGCAUUUCCUUUCCUGGGAGAAAAGAUCAUUUCCUUUUCUGGCGCCUGCACACAGAAAGUUUACCCCAAGCACCAUUCUUGCUGAAUGUACAUCUUGUGGGAUUGUAUUGUGAAAUGAAGCCUUGAACUUUAAAGUUGACCUUAUUUUUGUACAGUUGUAAUGUUUUUCCUAAAGAACCCCUCCCCCUCCCCCAUUCACCUCCUACCCCCCUUUCAAGUUGAACUGUACAGUGUGAAUAUUUGCCUUUAGCCUGAAUUCCUGCUACAGUAUUUUUUCAUCUGUCGGACCUAUUUGUUGUAGAUCAUGAACUAUAUAAAUAUUAUAUAUAUAUAUAUAUAUAUAUAUACUGUACAAUCUGUAAAGUUUUUUAUAGAUUAAUAAGAAAAUACAUUCAGCUGUGAAAAAAACUGGUUUAAAUAAACUUAUUUCAUACUUUAUAAAGAA